UCACCGUUCGUCCUCGAAAUCGCACGCCGGAGGUGAGAUUUUGGAACAAAAUCAAUUUGGCAAUUUGUAGCCUUUUCGAUUCUCAUCAUCAGUUCCUGCGCCAGAUAGGAUUUAGGGCCAACUACAACUGUUUGUUUGCCAUGGACGCUCCUACGCCAAUUGGUGGUUUCUUUUGAACUGCUCAACGCCAUGGGAGACCCCGGCGGCAAGGAGGCCACGUUGGGCACUUGUAGCAGCAGCCCAACCAUGGCUGCAGUGCCGCAACCCUCUGUUCGUGACCCAUCCCCCCCAUCAGCCGGUCCUUCUAAUAUCAGUGGUCCAUUCUGUACACCAAAAAAAAUUCCAAUGGUUCCAUCAUCGUGUUCGACAUUUCUACCUGAUUGUGAUGAUGAGUUGAAGCCAAAAGUUGGAAUGUCAUUCGAUUCUCUAGAUGCAGUGGAAGAAUUUUAUAAGAUAUAUGCUCAUGAAGCUGGUUUUGCGGUUCGUAUAGGAGCUCAAACUAAGGUGCUCGGCAUCAUUGAAAAUAAGAGAUUCUUAUGUACAAGACAAGGCUUCUCAAAGAAAAGUGCUAAAUCAGAUGUUGCUCUAGCUGGAAAUCAGAAGAACUCAAAGAAGCCAAAGAUGCGAUCCGAGACAAGAUGUGGCUGUAAUGCGCAAAUCUAUGUGAAGUUGGGUCCGGAUAAAAGGUACUAUAUUGCUUCGAUGAUUGAGCACCAUAAUCAUGGUUUAGUGUCACCUGAUAAAAUUAUGUUUCUCCGAUCAAACCGCACAAUCAGAGAAAGAGUUAAGACUGCUUUAUUCACAUGCCACAAAGCGAGUAUAGGUACUUCAUAGGCAUAUAGACUUUUACAAGUAAGCGAUGGAUUUGAGAAUAUUGGAUGCAUGAAGCGGGAUCUUCAAAAUUAUUAUCGGGGACUUAGAGAGAAAAUUAAAAAUGCAGAUGCUGAAAUUUUUGUUGCACAGAUGAA